UCCACAUUCGUAAAUAUUGCGACCUGAGAACGUUUGCGAUAGGCACAUGCAGUUAAAUUUCCAUCGUUGUGCAUUUAUUAUACGAACGAAAACACAACCGGCUUUCAACAAAUAAUGUUGCAUUUUCGUCGCUUCGUCCAUAAAGGAUCUCCUUUUGCUAGUCUUUUCCCGGAUAAAUUGUUUAACAAAAGGCGUAAACUUCCCGCACAUCUUUAUGUUGCCGACACCCAAUUGGUUGAACAAAUAAACAAUAGUAUCGAGCCUUUUAUGCAACAAACAAAAUGUGACACCGCCAUUGAAAUGAAUCCUGGCAUUGGCUUAUUUACACGUAAAUUACUGAAUCGCGAAGAUCGAAUACGUAAAAUUGUACUGAUCGAGUUUAUGGACCAUUUUCUUCCGGGACUGCAAGAUUUACAUACUUUGUAUCCAGAACGUGUCAAAGUGAAGCAAGGCGACAUUGUGAGUCUAUGGAAGUUAUCAUUUCAAGACAGAAUGGACAACGGCACACGUGUUGCAGAUAUGCUAUGUGACUUGAAAAAAAGCGAAUAUAAUGAUGAGCCAAUCGCAAUGUUGUUUGGUGCUGUGGGCUGCUACAACUUCUUCAAGCAUCUUAUAAAUUCCAUCGUCUUUCAAAAUGGUUUAUUUAGUUGGGGGCGCUUGGAAAUGUAUCUGGCUAUACCACCACCCCUUUAUAUACAUCUUACUUGCAGCAAUGAAAUUGGUUACAUGUUUUAUAGAUCAACGUCAAUUCUUUUUCAAAUGAUGUUCGAGUAUCGUUUCAUUACGCAAUUGCCUCGUGAACACUUUUUACCCAGACAAGGUGAAAAUACUGUGGUAAAAGGCAGCAAGCUGCAAAAGGUGGAAUCAAUCAAUCCAGAAAAUUUGUACUUGGUAAGAAUAGUGCCACGACGAAACUUUUUGGAUCUUUGCCCGAUAGCUGAUUUACAAGCGCUUUGGUAUUUUGUCAAACAGAAUUGUGUUAGUCGGCGCAAUCGCAUAAUACCUAAUUUGGAAAAAUUGGUACCCGGUUGUGGACCACGACUAAUUAUUAAUAGCGUGGCAUCUGAAAGCUUACAACCACUCUAUGCUGAUGAAAAUGUCUCAACACUGCCCCAAUACUCAAAACGCUGCACAACAAUGAGCAACCGUAAUUUUUAUCCUCGCAUGAAUAUUUACACACAAUUUGGCGAUUUGUCCCCUAGUCAAAUGCUUACAUUAUUUACACAAUUUCGCCACUGGCCUGAAUAUAGUGAUAGUUCAUUCCUUGCGUCACUUGAAAGCACUUUAUUGAAGAUGGAAGCAACAGCCGACGAGAGUGUCACUGGCAUAACUGAAGAAGAUGACGUGCCAAGUGAAAUUACAGAUGAAGAAGUAACUUUGGAAGACAUUAAAAAAACUGAAAGUAGCGAAGUUAAACUACCAAAAAAGAAACGCAAAUCCCAAACAAGCAAAUAGCAAUUUUGAGAACUUAAAGAUUGUACAUGUAUGUAUAUUUUACAUAAUUUAUGUACAGUGUAAAUAUAUUCUAAAACAAAU